CCUAAAACUAUCAGAAGAGGUUUGUUUUACUUUCUCUUCCUCUGUAACUGAUAAAAUUUUCCCCGAAGCAUUGAUAGUUAACACUGCUCAUUGGAUUUUCCAAAGUGGAUAGAAACAUGGUUUGACUACCUCAAAAAACUAACAUGUUUGAAAUGAAAAAGGGUAAAAUAACUUGAUUCACCACAAAAGAUGCGACAACGUGUAUGCGAGCUAAAUAUAGAAAAACGAGCAUGAAGGAGGAAGUGUAUACCACAACUGUGGCUAACACCGCUACAACAACGCGCUUCACUUUUCAUCUCCAUGCAUCUCUAACAUCCCCAUCAGAUUCACUCCUUCAUUCACACCCUCCGCAGAGUCACGUAGAUUCACAUAUCAACAUCAAACACACGUAGCAACAUGCAAGCGUGGAUAUUCAGAUCCUCCCAACCUUCCCACAAGAAGAAAUACCCUUCCAACCCCAACUCCCGCCUUCUCACGCUCCUCGCUGCCACACUCGCCACCACUAUCUUCCUCCUCUUCAUUUUCCGCCACACCCUCAUCGACCCCAACAAACUCUGCAUCUACACCGCCAAACCCGUCCGCCUCACCAACUCGGAGUCCGCCAUCGCCGCCGAGUUCGACGCCACACCCCUCACGCUCGUCACCAUCCUCCACUACGCCACCGCGCUCGCGCUCCCGCAGCAGACCAAGGGCGAGAUCCGACGCACCUUCGACGUCCUCCAAUCCCUCGCCCCAUGCAACUUCCUCGUAUUCGGUCUCGGCCACGACUCCCUCAUGUGGGACUCCUUCAACCCACGUGGCACCACCUUGUUCCUUGAGGAGGAUCCCAAGUGGACCCUCGCCGCCCUCCAACGCUUCCCCAUCAUACGCGCCCACACAGUGCGUUACCAGACGCGCCUCUCCGACGCCAAGACCCUCAUAACCUCUUACAAAAGGAAUUGUGGCGGCCCCACCUCAACCGGUCAUCCCUUAAAAGGUGACUGGCGGUGCGUGCUGGCACUCAGCAACCUGCCGAAUGACGUGUACGAUCGUGAUUGGGAUGUGAUCAUGAUCGACGGGCCGCGAGGGUAUUUUGCCGCCGCACCGGGGAGGAUGGCGGUGAUAUACUCAGCUGCCAUGAUGGCGCGUGGGAGGAGAAAUUCCGGUGUGACGCACGUGUUUCUUCAUGACGUGGAUAGGGAGAUUGAGAAACAUUAUGCUAGGGAAUUUUUGUGCAUGAAAUAUAGGGUUGGGGGUAUUAGGAAGCUUUGGCAUUUUGUUAUUCCACCCGUUGUUAAUGCUACUGAUAUUAGUCAUGGAUUUUGCUGA